AUGAUGUCUUCAAGAUUAAUUCUUCGACCCGUGCUUCGCAUGCGCUCUCAAAUCCGCCUCGCAAGCACAAACCCGACUCAUGUCCAUCCUGACGGUAACCUCGGCGGACCAGGUGGUCAACAGCCUCCACCCCAAGCACCAGGUGGUCCAGAAGCUAUCAAGAGAAAUUGGAUGCCUAUCGCUGCGGCAGCUGGUGUACUAGCAGGAGGCGUUUGGAUCAUGCUCCCUAGAAAAGGAAAUCCGCCUGAGAGAACCCUUCAACAUGGCAUUGCUGCGUCUUUCCAGGAGAUCAAGGAUGGCAAGAGUCCUGAAUCGAUGAAGGAGUUGAGUGGAAGGAAAAGUGGGCUGGGUGGUUUCAGAGCUGAAUGA